AUGGAUGAUGACAUGCUUCUAGGAUUAGAUUUUAUACUGAAAAACAAUGUAGUACUCGACUGCUGUAAACAACAGAUUACCAUCAACUCUGACACAUUACAGAUGUCCUAUGGUAAAAGCAAAGAUCAACCUAGAGUGGCAAAAGUUAUUUUGCCAAGUAAAACGGUGUUGCCACCAAACUCAGCAGUUCACAUCAAUGGCGAGCUUACAGAAAAGCUGGAUCAGAAUUAUGUGAUUGAACCACAAAAUGACAUUCCAGUCUUAAUGCCUAGGUGUAUGUACUCUGAUCAGACAACUCCAAGACUUUGUUUAGUCAAUGCCAGUGAUAGAUACUUUACCAUUAGUAAAGGAACUGUAGUCGGGGAAGCAGUUGUAGUCGGGGAAGCAGUUGAAGUUCUCCCAGUCGAGUUGGCAGUUGAGACAAAGCCUGUUACACGGUUGUCAAAGAUUCCAGACAACCUAAAGCCACUGUUACAGAAGUCCGUCACAAAUUUGAGGGCAAGUCAACAAGAACAGUUUGAAAACCUGGUAGCAGAGUACCAAGAUGUGUUUGCGGAAAAUGAUUUUGAUUUCGGAAACUUUGAAGAGAUCAAACAUGCUAUAGAUACUGGUACGGCAAUUCCAAUUAAGCAGAGAAUGAGACGCACUCCCUUAGAUUUUGUGCACGAAGAGGAAUCUCACCUACAAACCAUGUUAAAUGCAGGGAUUAUUGAACCAUCAACCUCAGAAUGGGCAUCCCCGCCCGUACUUAUCCGUAAACGAGAUGGAAAAGUAAGAUGGUGCAUAGAUUACCGGAAACUUCACUUCACUCAGUCACCAAGAAGGAUGUCUAUCCCUUACCACUUAUCGAAGAAUGUAUAG